AAUGUAAACGGAACAAAAGUAGUUGAACUACUCAGGUCUUAGAGUGCAAAAUGAGUUUAAUGAGUUUGUUUGAAAAGUGAUAAUAAUAUUAUUGAAAAAUAUAGAGUUAACAUAGUGAUAACAAUCAGUGACGCCUAACGACUUUAAUAUUUGUAAUUUUUAUUAUGUAAUUAAUUGAAUUAUUUGUGAUCAAUUACUUCAGUAUGACUAGUAGAACAAUGAUAAUUUUAUAGUAUAUUUGAGUUCAAUUGAAUUGAAUUCAUUUUUUAGUAAUAAUUGCUAUUAUUCAUAACAUUGUGUACCUAUCGUCGUAGGACGUAGAAUAUUCUAUUAUAUUUAGGAUCGUAGAUUCCUCGUCGAUGGAAUUCUUGGCUAUUGUAAUAUCAAAAGAUUAAAUCCUAUUAUAUAUUAAGUAAUUAUUUUAGAAUGGCAAAUAAAUCGCCUGAUGAUUUAGAAUUGAGUGAGGAAUCAACGUAAGUAUUUUAUUAUUUUUUAUUUUAUUUUUAGUCUUUAACAAAGAUAAUGUUAUGAGUUCAUACAUUUUUUUUUCAUUGCAUAAACAUAAUUUAUGUGUUUAUAUUAUUUUAUUGUUAUUCCUAUUAGGUACACAUUAUGAAUAUGUGUCAUCCCGAGUCGAUUAUUUCCUAUACAUUUUUUUUAAAUAAUUAUAAUGAUACUUAAUUUUUACAUACGGUUAAUUUGCAGUCGUGAAAGUACUAUAAUAAAUGCAAGUAAAAUGGAGCUGGGAAUUGAUAUUGAUGACUUAUUAAAUGAAAAAGCCAAAAAAAAUCAAUUAAAUUAUCGGAAUGUCAAAUUACUAAUCAAGGUAAUUUAUUGAGUUAUAUAUCAUACACAUAUCAUAUACUUAAUUUAUUUGUUUUUAAGACCUAUAUUAAAUGGUUGCCUUAUAGUUUUACUAUACAUUUUUUCUCUAUUCCUGAUUGAAAUAGUUAGACCAAUUUAUUCUUGUAUAGAGAUUGCAUGUUGAGAAAAAUCCAUGAUUUGCUAAUAUAUUCAGAGACUUUGUGGAUUCUAAGCUAUUAUUUAGAAUGUCUAAUUUAUUAAUAUCACCACUAAAUAUAUAAUGGCCAUUAUGAUCCAAAUCUAAUAAAUAUUGAUUUAAUGAGAACAAAAAAUUCUUUAUUUUACCGGCAGGUGAUCUGUAUAUUGCAUUAACAUUAAAUAGACGUUCAUCUUUAAAUAAUAGUAAUUCUAAAGAGUUACAAUUUAGAAUAGGAUGGUCCAACUUACGGCCCUCAAAGCCUUUCUUUAGCCCCCCACAAUUAAAUUAAUUUUUUUUUAUUAAUUGAAAAUUAAAUUACAAUAAUAUUAAAACAAAAUCAUAAUAUGAUUAUAUAAAUUUUACAUUUUAUAGUUUAUACUAUUUAUACUAUUUAAUUAUAUGUUAAUAUUAAUCUGUAAUGUAAUAAUUUGUGUAUUUUAUAAAAUAAAAUGUAAAUAAUAAUAUAGCUUUUUUUUUUUUUUUGUGGCCCCCCAGUAUUUUUAUGAAAGUGUAAAUUGGCCCGCCACCUACAAAAAGUUGGACCACUUUGAUCUAGAAUAGGUAAUGUUUUUACUGCACUUUAUGAUGUUAUAGUUAUUCUUAACUAAAACCGAUAUGUCAUCAGCUUUGUUGGUAGCGCAUAGAAUUGAUUAAGGUAUUUAUGUUAACUGAAAAUUGUAUGUCUGUGUCAAGCCAAGUUUCACUUAAAACUUCAAAUUUAUGAUUGGUUUUAUUCAAUAAUAUUAGAAGUUUAUCUAUAUUACAUUUGAGGCUUCGAAUAUUCAUUGAAAAUAAUGAAAAGUGAUUAUAAUUAAAAUUAAGAUUAUCAAAACUAUCAACAUAUUUAGAUUCAACAUAAUUUACAUAAUUUAUAUAAGUAAAUAUUUGAGGGUUAGUGUUAGUCAUGAGAUAUUUAAUACAAGUUUUGAUUGAAGAUAAAGUAUAAAGUAAAAUAGUUGCAGUAACUGAGACUUUAAGAUAAAAAGAAAGAUUAUUGAGACAACUGUUAUUUCCACCGACAAUCAAUAACUUUAUAAUAUCAAUUUCUAUUAGUAGAUAAAGUGCUUACACGGAAACCCAUAUCCCCUUAUUUGUCUUCAUAAAGAUGCUGCUGCUAUUCGCCUAGACAAAUUUGAAGUGAUAUUUGUAUGCCACUUUCUUUGAAGCCCAUAAUAUCAUUUUAUUAUUCAUUGAAAGUUGAUCGGUUAAAUAUAUGGGGUUUCCAGGAAAGUUAGAACAUAAAUCAGUUGCCAUUAUAAGUUGAAUUUUAAAAAUUGGGUUUGAAAUGUUUUAAUUACUCGUUUUUUAAAUUUUUUAUGUGGUGUAUCUUGUUAAUAUGGUUAAUUUAAAAUUGAUUAAUUUGGCUAUAUUAAAUACUGCUUCAAUAAGUAAUUCAUUACUAUAUUCGGGAUUCCACAUAUAUCUUAAGUUAUUUAUUAAUUUGGUUUGGUCAUCUAUGUUUUGAUUUCCCUUUAAGGAAUCAAUUUCUUUUUGCAUCUUUAGACACUUAUUUUCGAUUUUAAGAAUUUUUCUACUAUUAUUAUCAACUUUGUCCAGUAAUUCAUCCAAUUUUGUUGAGAAAUCAUCUAUUUUAUUCUAAUAAAAAUUUAGGGCUUCUUGAAUUUCAUUGAAUGAGUUGAUAAUAAAUCCAGUUUCUUUAGUUUAAAUAAUAUGGAAUUAAUGGAAGUAUGAAUACUAUUUAAAUCUAUUACGUUUAAGUCUUUUGAGUAAUCACUAUCAUUAGAAAAGUUAGAUUUUGUACAUAUAGUGAAGUUAUGUGAGUUGGAACACAAAUCACUUUUCCACUGUCCUUUUUAGAGCCUAAUUUAUUAAAAUUAUAUAUAUUACCAAAUUGUGUACAUAAUGAGUGAAUAUGACAUUCACAUUCACAGCAUGAAAUAUUUUUAGUUGGAGAAACCGGCCGAUUACAAACUACACACAGCAUUUUAAUUAAUUGUAAGAUAAAAAACCGUUAAAAUAAAUAUCACAAUAUGCGUGUUAUCAGUAUAAGCAUUAGAACUGAAUUUAUAAUAGGAUACCUACAUUAUAUGAUCCACCAUGAUUAAACUUUAUGUAAUUUUUAAUUAUAUUUUCGUGAGGGGGCCCAAUUAUAAUUUUUGAUUAUAUUUUGGUGCCUUAUUUUUUUAAUAUCAUAACCUGUGGAUGAAUUCUGCACACACCUAUGUACAUUUUUUUUAAUAGGUACCUAUUUAAUUUGAUGAAACAAUUAAUUAAAACUUUUACUUUUACUUUUUUGGAGUGUAUGAUAUUUAAUUAGGUAGGUAAUUGGUAUAAUUAUUAUUUUGUAUUAUCUAUUAUUAUUAUUAUAGUAUUAUUAAAAGGUAUUAAAUAGAGCACAGAUUUGUAUGUAUUUGCAGAUUUAUUCUGGUUGAUCGUAUGAUAUGCUAAGUGAGCACUAAAUGUGUUUCAUGACAAUAGUUAAAAAAAUUAAACUUUUCAGCCCAUAUUUUUACACAUUUUUUUUCUAUUUAAAGAGCUUUUUAUACAAUUUUAAUUACAUAUUUCAUCUUUUAGUGCAUAUUUCGAUUUUUUUUUUUGUUUUUUCAGAUGUUUUUGAAAUAUAUACUAUUGUAAUAUAAGAAAAAUAUAUAAUUUUAUAGUUUCGAUUAAUAUCAAAAUUAAUUAAUAGGUAUACUUGUAGGUAUAAAUGGUUUUUCCAAUUAUGACCCUAGAUCAAUAAUUAGUGAAAUAAAAUACGUAUACCAAGGUAAGAAAAUGUGGAUUACGACCAUUGACCAUUGACAUUAUUUCAACUGCGUUAAAAUAUUUACCUGUGUUCGUAUGUGCUUUCUGUUGUAAUUCGCUUUUUUAUUACUUUAUUGUUAUCAAAAUGCCAAAAGAUAAAUUGUUGAUACCGAGAGUCUUAUACAUUAAGAUGGUAGUUGGUAGUUUUAUAUGUAUUUCCUCUAGUUCUUCUGUUGAAAGAAUACCUUAACGGUUUAAAAGUGAAAGUGUUUUUAUCUACUUAUUAUGACCAGGUGAGUAGAUAAAGCUGAGAGCUAUUAAUCUUUGACAAAUCAACAUUUUUAUUGUAAUUCAAUUUUACACUGUAACAAAUUUUUUGUCAAAUUUACCUACAAAACCUUUAUGAUCUAUGUAAGUGGUGAUUAGAAAUUUACAAUGAGUAAACAAAAUUAUCAUUUAUAAAACUAAAAUGGGAUAAUGCGGAUUUCUGAAUAUUAUUUAGUCACUAAUAUAUGUUUUGCAGCAUAUGCAUUAAAAAUUGAUCACUCAUUCGGGUGAGUCACUCACCAGUAAACUAGACCUCAAUACUUUAGGACAGAAGACUUUUAACAAAUUUAACCUUUCUUAAAUACCUUAUUUAUGGUCUUUUAUAGACUAUCCCAAUCUAUUAUCAAUGGUUAACUUUAAUUAAUAAAUAAUAACUUUAAAAUAAAACUAUUAAUUUGAAUAUAAAUAUGUUUUUUUUUUUUUUUAAUUUUGAAUUGAUGUUAAAAUGUUAUUUUAUUGUUAUUUAAAUGUUAUUUUAUCUGUAUUUUCAAUAUUGAUUUGGGCAUGUAUUGUACAAUAAACAUAUAAAUAUAGCUUUUGUGGUUAACUACAUUUAUUGUAUAAUCAUAUGUUGUAAAAUGCAGAAAAUAAUUUUAUUGAAACAAGACUUGCAUAUAUAGACACACUCAAUGUAACAGGAAAUAAAAUAUUGAACAAAAUAAAAAUAUAAAUUUCCUACUACAAUAUUGGUAAAUGAUUUACAUUAUAAGAAUUUACAAACAUAUAAAAUUAGUAAUACAGUAUAUUCAUAAAAAUUGAACAAAAUUUUAGACAGCUAGAAGUAUUAAAUAUCAAAUUUAUUAUUUCUAGAGAAUGUUUAGUAGAAAAGUUUUGGGUUUCUUGUGUUAAGAUAAUUUAUUUUGAAAGGAAUAAAAGAAAGUAGCCAUAAGUAGCCAGUAACACCUAAAAUAAAUUAGAUAUACAUAUUUAUAUAUGUAUAUCCUGUUACAUGUAUUUUUUUAUCUAGAAUAUACUUACGAAUGAUGAUGUUGUUACAAUGUUAAGACAAACAUUAGAUGAAAAUAUGGACGGUAACUGUUUGUAUGAACCAAAGUUAACCAGAGCAAGAAUAAGGUAUAUUAAAGAUUAUUUAUUUUAUUAUUAUAUUUAUAUAUUUUAAUGGAAAUGUAAACGAUUCUAACUAAAAUUGUUUUAUUAUUUCAGAGAAAUGUUAAAAACAUAUCCCUCUUCUGUGGACCAAUGGUCUCAAAAUCAACAACAAUCAAUAAUUUCUGAAUGUAGAUCUUUGAUUGAUAAUGAAUUUCCUGAUGAUUCCGAAGAUGAAGAAUAUAAGCCUGAACCACAAAUAGAGGAUGAUUAUGAUGAUGAUGAUGAAAUUUUUAAGUGUACUACAAUUGAGUCAUCUGAAGCGGACAAUGUAAAUUCUAAUGAGGAAGACCAUAAUACAUCUGUGGAAUAUGAUGAAGUAUAAUAUAUUUUACAUAUUUAAAAUUGUUUAAAUUUAAAUUUUAUACAAACAUUUUUUUAAGGAAACAAUUGGAAUGCGAACUAGGUCAAAAUUUCCUUUAAAUGAUACUCCACUCGAAACAAUUGAGCAAGCUUUUAUUCCACCAGAUAUAACAGAAGAUAUGUAUGAUUCAGCAUGUGAAAAUGAUGAAUGGAUACAAUUUCUUAGUGAAUUUACAAAACCUUUAGGUAAAUUACUUACUUUUAUUUUUUUUAAUAAAAUGGAUUGGAAAUAAUAAGUACUUAAAUGGAAUUUUUAGAGUUCAAGUUAUUCUUGAACAAGAAUUUUUUUUGCAAGAAAGGAAGAAAAAUUUGAGGUCAUUAUAGAUUAAGGUUCUGAGAUCAAAUUAUAAAUUGAGUUUUAAGUAUUUAGGUUCAGUAGUAGAAGAGAAUGAAUGAAUUAUAGUUAAUGUGCCUAAUAAAAUUAAUUGUGUUCUGAAGAAGUAAAAGGAAGUAAUAGGAGUGCUGUAUGAUAAAAAGGUGCUAUUAAGGAUAAAAUAAAUAUUGUAUUAAUAUUUUUGGUAUGUGAUUUAUAUAAAAAAAUCUUAUUAUAUUUUAGUUCUUGAUUUUAAUAUAAAAUUCAAUAUAUUUAAUUUUUUUAAAUGACUAAUAUAUUGCUAUACAAUUAAUAAUUAUUAUAAUAUUUAAUUUAUAAAUCAGAGAAUUUAAAAAUGUUACUUAAUAUUUUAUAUAAUUUCUAUUUCUGAUAUAUAAAUAUAUUAUUAUUAAUUUUUAUACAAAUAUGCAUAAUAGUGAUUUUUUUCAGAAUCUGUUCAAAAUGAUGAUACUGAAGAUGACCCAGAAUAUAAUGUUCUUGGUGAUGCUGAAUUUUCAAAUGGUAUUAAAUAUUAAUAGAUACUAAGAUAGUAAUCAGUAUGUUGAUAUACAUUUUAAAUUCUUUGUGAUUGAAUUAGUUGAUAAAGAAGAAUUUCGUAAAGACAAAUCAGUUAAAAUCAGUCGUAAAGAAUAUAACGAAUUAAUGAGUGAAUUAAAUGAAUAUACUGAUAGUUAUAUUAAUUUUAAUGGUGAAGAAUGUGAAGAAACUGAUACAACUAUUACAGAAGAAGUAAAUUGUAUUCCUAGUAAUCAAAUAUUUAAUAAUUAAUGAAACCAUGUAAUAUGAUUUCCAUUUUUUUUUUUUAAUUUACAGACUAUUGAUACAUCUAGAAAUUUGAGUCCAUCUACCAUGGAUUAUUCAAAUUAUUUAGAUUGUAAAUCGAAUAAUACUAAUCUUACAAACUAUAAAGUGAUUAAAUUAAAAUAUAUUUUCUACUAAUGUACUUAUUAAUUAAAAGUGUAACAUUAUUUACAGAAUGCUUCUGAUCUUGAAAAUUUAAACACAGUAUAUGCAUUAAAUUUUGAUAACAAUCCAAAUAACGCUUGCUUUACUAACGACAAAGUAUUAUUAUUAUUAUUAUUUUUUUUUUUCAACAAUUGAUUUUUAAUUAACCCUAUGUCAGGUGCAUACAGUGAUAGUUGUCUCUCAUUCUAUUUUAAAAUUUAAUUAUUACAUUUAUUUUAUUCAGUCUACACUAGUCAUCUCUAGUACCUCUUAAUUUAAACAUAUGAAACUUCAAAAAUAAAUAAAAUAAAAUAAUUUUAAAAAAGAUAUUAUAUUUUAAUCUCUAAUUUUCAAAGUAAUACAUUAAUUAUGUGUAAAUGUAAAUAUUGAUUAAUAAUAAUAAAAACCAUAAAAUGCUGACUUUGUUCAUUUUUAAUCAAUAAUUUAGUCAUGAAUUUUUUUAUGCUCUUCAAUUUAUAAAACAUUGAUGCACAUAAUGUAGGGUUAAAAUAUGUCAUUAAGUUUUAUUAGUUUUGAUGAAAUUGAAAUUUCAAAUAUAUUAAUAUAAUAGUAAUAAUAAUAAUAAUAUUAUUAUUAUAAUAUAACUAAUAAUAAUAUUAUUUUUACAGAAUUUGAAAAAAUCUAAGAGUUCUAGUCUAUCAUUUUAUACUUCAAAUUAUUCUGAUUCUAAACCAUGUAAUAAUGGUUUAUUGAAUAAUGACAAACCUGUAGAAAAUAAUGAUCAAAUAAAAGAAUUUGUAAAUACUAAUCCACAAAUAAGUGACUCUCAGCCAAAUACACAUUAUACAAUUAUUAAUGAACAACUACAAAAUAGCAAUUAUGUAAUUUUUAAUCUUGCAUCAAAUAUACAAGAUACAAAUAAUAUUAAAACAGAAACUACAAAUUCAUGUCCGCAAAAUACUAUUUGUGAUCAAAACAAUACCAUGUUGCCCAAACAAACUAUUUUGUUAAAACAACAGUUAACACAACAUGUUCAAUUAUUAACUCAAAGUUAUAUAUUAUGUUCAAUGACACAAAAAUUGAAAAGUCAUUGCCAGAGAUUACUAACUAUGGUGGUAUGUGUUUAAUUUUUUUUUUUUUGGAUUCAUUGAUUAUCACUAAUUUUAAUUGUUAUUGUGCUUAGGAAAUAAUUAAGACUGUUAGUUGUAACAAAAAAAUUGAGCCAAUCAAUAUUCAUUCGGCUUUGAAUUUUAUUCAGGAAUGGAAAACAGCCCAAACGUAUAAUUUAUAUGUAGACAAGUAAUACAAUCUAUAUUUAUGGUUUUUAGUAUUAAUGCAUUUAUAAUAUGAAAUGUUUAAACAUAAAAUUGAAAUUACUUUAUAAAUAUAAUAAUAACAAAUAUUUGUAUGAAAUUGAUAUAUUAUUAAUUCAAUGAAUUAUAUUAAAUUUAAACUUAACAUUAAAUUUCUAAAUUUUAAGUUUCACUAAUUUUGUGCUUUUCUAAUAAUAGAACAAUAUUCAUAUAUUUAUUCUUAAUAUAUUUAAAAUAUGUAAUUAAUAUAAAUUGAAUAAUUUAAUAAAAAGUUAUUUAUUAUAUAUAUAUAUAUAUAUAUAAUAUGUAAAAAAAUGACUGAUAUACCAAUGCACAACCAUAACUGUUAAGGCUAAAAAUUCGAAAUUUCACACAAAAGAUCUUAAAAUACAAUUAAGAUACCAAUAGGAAAGUUUUUUCAUCAUUUAAUCCUUAAGGUGUUAAAAAGUUGAAGUUAAUAUAAACUAAAACUGAAAAAAAAUGUAAUAAACAUUUUAAAAAAAAAAAAAACUAUCAGUUACACAUGCUAUAUGCUACUUUUGAAAAAUUCAACCUCUUAAGAGUUAAAAAGAGGUGUCAAAGUUAGUGGAGAAAACUAUAUGACUAAUCAGAAUAUCUAAGUUACAUAAUAAAACAAUAAACAAUUUCGGUUAGAUUAUAUUUUAUAUAUAAGUGUAAAACUGAAUUCUAUAUAGAUAGGGAAAAUUAGAGCACCAUGAAAAAAAAGCAAUUUCAAUUUACAACUUUGUAAUAUUCUAAUUUAAACCAUUCUAUUAUAGUUAUAUUUAAAUAUAUUUAAACUAUGUAUAUUAUAUAAAUAUAAACAUUUUUUUGUAUAAUAAAAUAAAAAAUUCCAUGGUUUUAAGUAUAAUAAUUCAUAUUAUUAUUAUUUUUAGGAAUAGUUCUGAAUUGCCACUGGAGGUGAAAGAAUUAAUACUGUUCUAUGAUAAACCAUUAUUUAUGUAUCCAGAAUUGUUACCUAUUAAAACAUAUUAUCCUAAUAAUCUUAAAAUUCCUAUUGGAGGUUCAGAAGAAAGGUAUUUACAAAACAUUUAAUAAUCAUAUGAUUACAAUAUAGUAUAAUAAAACGUUUUUGCAUAAUUUAUUUUUGAUUUUUAGAGUAUUGAUAAUGAAAAUAGAUUGUAUAUACAGAAAAUUAAAAUUUAGCAAAGAAACACGAACAAAGUACAGAAAAAAAAACUUAUUGGAUAUGUUACCUGUAAUUUUAAAAGUUGUACAUAAGCGAUGGUUUUCAUUUAGAAAAUUAACAGAUAUCAAGAAGUUUGUUUCUAGUUGUAAAAACAGAUAUUCGAUGAACUUAAUAAAAGUAGGCAUUUAAGUUUGAUUUUGAUUAUAUAUGGAUUUAAGUAUAUAUUCUUUAGUAUAAGUUUAUAAGUAUUUAUUUUUGUAAAAUUUGUGUACCCAAAAAUUAUGAAUAUUUUGAAAAACAAUUGCUAUGAAACAUCAUACAUAAUUAGUUAAAACCUUUCAAAUUAUUUAUGUGAUAAAACAAAACAAAGUAUGGGUUAAGUAAAUAAUACUUUAAUAAAGUCAACAAAUUAAUCAUAAACCAUUAUAUUUAAUAUUGAAUGAAAUAACUUUUAAAUUUUACUUUAUUUCAGAAUUAAUGUGAAAUGUUUAAUUUUUUAUUUUAGAAUUAUUUACUGCAUGGCAAAAUUGAUGAAACUGUACAUAUGGUCGAUAUAGGUCCAGUUUUUAUGAGUAAAUGUUUAUAUGAAUGUAGAAUUGAUAAGUUCCCAACUAGUUGGAAACCUCUUUUAAAGUAUUCAAGGUUAAAAAACCAUGUUAAAAAGAAAUGUACUAAAAAAAGAAAAUGUAAACCAUUUUAUUUAAAAUAAGUAUGUAAUAAGUAUAUUUAAGUUUUUUUUUUUAUAUUAAUAGAAACUAGAAAUGAUAGUAUACAUAAACCUAUUAUAUAUAAAUAUUUAUAAUUAUUCC